GGGCUAUGGGGAGGAGGAGCUUAGGUGAUCCUUAGAAAUAAAGGCUAGUUCCUAUUCGGCCUUGGAGUAGGGCGAAGAGGUGUAGACAGGCCUCAAGAAGCGAAGUAACAGCCUGAGUAAAAGCAAGACGUUGGAGAAUAUGAGAUACAUCUCAUCCCUAGUAAAUACUUAAAUGACUUCCCCUCCUCCCGGAGUCAAGCACAAUUCGGGGAUGCAAUGAUGGACGUAGGUGAAGAUACUACAGGAACUUACAGACAAGUUUACAUUCCACUUAGGUGGUGGUAUUUCUGUUUCGUACAGAACUGGUUUGUGGCCUGUUUGAUUCCUGUCAGAGGUUUGCUGACCCAAGACAGUAUCGAAAAUGCAUAUUAAGUCAAUUAUUCUAGAGGGAUUCAAGUCCUAUGCUCAGAGAACCGAAGUCAAUGGUUUUGACCCCCUCUUCAAUGCUAUCACUGGCUUAAAUGGUAGUGGAAAAUCAAACAUAUUGGACUCCAUCUGCUUUUUGCUGGGCAUCUCCAACCUGUCUCAGGUUCGAGCUUCUAAUUUACAAGAUUUAGUUUACAAAAAUGGGCAGGCUGGUAUUACCAAAGCCUCUGUGUCAAUCACAUUUGAUAAUUCUGACAAAAAGCAAAGUCCUUUAGGAUUUGAGGUUCAUGAUGAAAUCACAGUAACAAGGCAGGUGGUUAUUGGUGGUAGAAAUAAAUAUUUAAUCAAUGGAGUCAAUGCUAACAACACAAGAGUACAGGAUCUCUUCUGUUCUGUUGGCCUUAAUGUUAACAACCCUCACUUUCUCAUCAUGCAGGGCCGAAUUACAAAAGUAUUGAAUAUGAAACCUCCAGAGAUUUUAUCCAUGAUAGAAGAAGCAGCUGGAACCAGGAUGUAUGAAUACAAAAAAAUAGCUGCACAGAAAACUAUAGAAAAAAAGGAGGCUAAGCUGAAAGAAAUUAAGACGAUACUUGAAGAAGAGAUAACUCCAACCAUUCAAAAAUUAAAAGAGGAAAGAUCUUCCUACUUGGAGUACCAAAAAGUGAUGAGAGAAAUAGAACAUUUGAGUCGUUUAUAUAUUGCUUAUCAGUUUUUGCUGGCUGAAGAUACCAAAGCACGCUCAGCUGAGGAGUUAAAAAAAAAAAAAGAUAAAAUUAUAAAGCUUCAGGAAGAAUUGUCUGAGAACGAUAAAAAAAUAAAAGCACUUAAUCAUGAAAUAGAAGAAUUGGAAAAAAGAAAAGAUAAGGAAAUUGGAGGUAUACUUCGAUCUUUAGAAGAUGCUCUCGCAGAGGCUCAGCGAGUUAAUACUAAAUCUCAAAGUGCAUUUGAUCUCAAAAAGAAAAAUCUGGCAUGUGAAGAAAGCAAACGCAAAGAGCUGGAAAAAAAUAUGAUUGAGGACUCUAAAACUUUAGCAGCAAAGGAAAAAGAAGUUAAAAAGAUAGCAGAUGGACUGCAUGCCCUUCAAGAAGCAAGUAAUAAAGAUGCUGAAGCUCUGGCGGCUGCACAGCAGCACUUCAAUGCUGUUUCCGCUGGCCUGUCCAGUAAUGAAGAUGGAGCAGAAGCAACUCUUGCUGGUCAAAUGAUGGCCUGUAAAAAUGAUAUAAGUAAAGCUCAGACAGAAGCCAAACAGGCUCAGAUGAAGCUGAAGCAUGCUCAACAGGAAUUAAAGAAUAAACAAGCUGAAGUUAAGAAGAUGGAUAGUGGCUACAGGAAGGAUCAAGAAGCUUUAGAAGCUGUAAAAAGACUUAAAGAAAAACUUGAAGCUGAAAUGAAAAAGCUAAAUUAUGAAGAAAAUAAAGAGGAAAGCCUUUUGGAAAAGCGCAGGCAGCUGUCUCGUGAUAUUGGUAGAUUGAAAGAAACAUAUGAAGCUCUAUUAGCCAGAUUUCCCAAUCUUCGAUUUGCAUACAAGGAUCCAGAGAAGAACUGGAAUAGAAAUUGUGUGAAAGGACUUGUGGCUUCUCUGAUUAGUGUGAAAGAUACUUCUGCAACCACAGCUUUAGAAUUAGUGGCUGGAGAACGACUCUACAAUGUUGUAGUAGACACAGAAGUUACUGGUAAAAAGCUACUCGAAAGGGGGGAACUGAAACGUCGAUACACCAUAAUUCCACUCAAUAAAAUUUCAGCCAGAUGUAUUGCACCAGAAACUCUGAGAGUGGCUCAGAAUCUUGUUGGCCCUGACAGCGUUCGUGUGGCUCUUUCCCUGGUUGAAUAUAAACCAGAACUUCAGAAAGCAAUGGAGUUUGUCUUUGGAACAACAUUUGUUUGUGACAAUAUGGAUAAUGCCAAAAAAGUGGCCUUUGAUAAGAGGAUAAUGACUAGAACUGUAACUCUCGGAGGGGAUGUGUUUGAUCCGCAUGGGACAUUGAGUGGAGGUGCUCGAUCCCAGGCGGCUUCUAUUUUAACCAAGUUUCAAGAACUCAAAGAUGUUCAGGAUGAACUGAGAAUCAAAGAGAAUGAGCUGCGGGCUCUAGAGGAGGAAUUAGCAGGUCUUAAAAACACUGCUGAGAAGUAUCGCCAACUAAAACAGCAGUGGGAGAUGAAAACUGAAGAGGCAGAUUUAUUACAAACCAAGCUCCAGCAAAGCUCAUAUCACAAGCAACAGGAAGAAUUAGAUGCCCUUAAAAAAACCAUUGAGGAAAGUGAGGAGAUUUUGAAAAACACUGAAGAAAUCCAAAGAAAAGCCGAAGAAAAAUAUGAAGUAUUGGAAAAUAAAAUGAAAAAUGCAGAAGCUGAGAGAGAGCGAGAACUGAAGGAUGCUCAGAAAAAACUGGAUUGUGCCAAAACAAAGGCAGAUGCAUCUAGCAAGAAGAUGAAAGAAAAACAACAGGAAGUUGAAGCUAUCACUCUGGAACUGGAAGAGCUCAAGAGAGAGCAUACAUCUUACAAACAACAGCUUGAAGCUGUAAAUGAAGCUAUCAAAUCCUAUGAAAGUCAGAUUGAAGUAAUGGCAGCUGAGGUGGCUAAAAAUAAGGAGUCAGUAAAUAAAGCUCAAGAAGAAGUGACCAAGCAAAAAGAGGUAAUAACAGCCCAAGACACUGUAAUUAAAGCUAAAUAUGCAGAAGUGGCAAAACACAAGGAACAAAACAAUGAUUCUCAGCUUAAAAUUAAGGAAUUAGACUACAACAUCAGCAAACAUAAACGGGAGGCUGAAGAUGGUGCUGCAAAGGUAUCCAAAAUGUUGAAAGAUUAUGACUGGAUUAAUGCAGAGAGACACCUCUUUGGCCAACCCAAUAGUGCCUAUGAUUUCAAAACUAACAACCCUAAAGAAGCUGGUCAGAGACUUCAGAAGUUGCAAGAAAUGAAGGAGAAACUAGGAAGAAAUGUCAAUAUGAGAGCUAUGAAUGUAUUGACAGAAGCUGAAGAGCGGUAUAAUGACUUGAUGAAGAAGAAGAGAAUUGUAGAAAAUGACAAAUCCAAAAUUCUUACCACUAUAGAAGACCUAGACCAGAAGAAAAACCAAGCCCUAAAUAUUGCAUGGCAAAAGGUGAACACGGACUUUGGCUCUAUUUUUUCUACUCUUUUGCCUGGUGCUAAUGCUAUGCUUGCACCACCAGAGGGUCAAACUGUUUUGGAUGGUCUGGAGUUCAAGGUUGCCUUAGGAAAUACCUGGAAAGAAAACCUAACUGAACUCAGUGGUGGUCAGAGGUCUUUAGUGGCCUUGUCAUUAAUACUGUCGAUGCUCCUCUUCAAACCUGCUCCAAUUUAUAUCCUUGAUGAGGUAGAUGCAGCCUUGGAUCUUUCUCAUACCCAAAACAUUGGACAGAUGCUACGUACUCAUUUCACACAUUCUCAGUUCAUCGUGGUGUCACUAAAAGAAGGUAUGUUCAACAAUGCAAACGUUCUUUUCAAAACCAAGUUUGUGGAUGGUGUUUCUACAGUAGCCAGAUUUACUCAAUGUCAAAAUGGAAAGAUUUCAAAGGAAGCAAAAUCCAAGGCAAAACCACCCAAAGGAGCACAUGUGGAAGUUUAAACUACAAGUUUAUUUCUUCAUCUUGACCUGUUUUUUUAAACAAACUUUUAAGGACUUGGGAUAAGUAAUUUGUUGAUAUAAAAAAAUUAAUGUUGCUAUGUUACUUAACCCAUGUUUUCUCUUUAUAUAAUCACUUAUCACUUACAAAUGAGCAUAUAUUCCUCAUCUCUUAACCAGUCUAAUUAUGGUCCAAUUAUUGUGAUUGUGAUUUUAUGCAUAUCAUCAAAUGUUUUUUUCUUAUGCAGGUCUUUUAUAUAUUAGGAAUCCUGAGAUACUCAAUUCCAUAUGUAAAAGCUAAUAUACAAAAAAGCAGAUUAAAUUACAUGAUAAAUGUAGCUG